UAGAGAAAUACUUCAAAUAUUCUAUGAUAGACAGAGUCCAACCCUGAGAUAGCUAUACAGUCUCCUUCUUUGACGGGAAAUCUCUUAUUCAAAAUCAAGGAAAUCUUUAAAAUACUAAAGAAAAGUCAAAACUGUUGAAAAACGGGUGUGCAAUUGUAUCAUGUUCACAUGGAAGUCGGCUCUCUUUGUAAAACAUUGCCUACUGAAAAAAAAAUAAUAAUAAUGAAGGAGGCAACUAUGUGCUUGUCUGGGAUGCAAACUGGUGUGAAAUUGGAAAGCUUGAGAUGACUUCAGAUAAAUAGUUUUGUUGGAGGCAACCAAUAACGAAAAUUCAAACUUUGCAAGGGGGGUGUGAACUUUGAAAUGCAUCAUCAACUUGGUUUUCCCGAAAAGCAGGACUUUCUGAAAAACUUGAAAAGAAAGUGAUAUAAAAGCAUUCUGUGUGCUUGGUCAACUCCACCACCUCUUCCUCCUCAUCCUCUCCACUUUUGAGUUGUUUAUGGAAAAACACAGUUUGAGCUAAAUUAGUGAUUUAAACCCCUGCUGAUUUUAAUGGGGCAAAACCAACCGGAGAUAUUGGAAAUCCCAGAAAUGGAUGCUGGGGAGAAGCGGCUCAAUGAGUUGGGAUACAAACAAGAGCUCAGAAGAGAAAUGACCCUCUUUAAAACUCUUGCAAUAUCAUUUUCAACGAUGACACUUUUUACUGGGAUUACACCCCUAUAUGGUUCAAGCCUUUUAUAUGCAGGUCCUGCAAGUCUUGUGUGGGGAUGGGUUGUAGUAUCAUUCUUCACCUGGUUUGUUGGUAUUGCUAUGGCCGAGAUCUGUUCCUCUUUCCCGACUACUGGUUCUCUUUACUUCUGGGCUGCCCAUUUAGCCGGCCCCAAAUGGGGUCCAUUUGCAUCAUGGUGCUGUGCUUGGCUUGAGACCAUAGGGCUAAUUGCUGGGAUCGGCACUCAGGCAUAUGCAGGAUCACAAACACUGCAGAGCAUCAUUUUAUUAUGCACUGGCACCAACAAAGAUGGGGGGUAUUUUGCUCCAAAAUGGUUGUUCUUAUGCAUGUAUGCCGGCCUCACUAUCAUAUGGGCUUUUCUCAACACAUUUGCAUUGGAAGUGAUUGCCUUAAUCGAUGUAAUCUCCAUAUGGUGGCAGGUAAUUGGAGGGUUAGUUAUUGUCAUAAUGCUCCCCCUUGUAGCAAUGACUACUAAGUCUGCUUCUUACGUGUUCACACAAUUUCAUAUGUCACCAGAGUCAACUGGAGUAUCAAGCAAACCAUAUGCAGUUAUUCUAUCCUUUCUUGUCAGUCAGUAUUCACUGUAUGGAUAUGAUGCUGCAGCACAUCUAACUGAAGAAACCAGAGGUGCUGAUAAGAAUGGUCCUAUAGCAAUUCUGGCCAGCAUCGGGAUCAUUUCAGUUUUCGGGUGGGCUUAUAUCUUGGCCCUUACUUUCAGCAUUCAGGAUUUUAGCUACCUGUAUGAUCCAACAAAUGAGACUGCGGGAGCAUUUGUGCCAGCACAAAUUAUCUACGAUGCAUUUCAUGGGAGAUAUCAUAGCGCUACUGGAGCAAUCAUUUUGCUGUUCAUUAUAUGGGGUUCAUUCUUCUUUGGAGGUCUUUCAAUCACUACUAGUGCGGCCAGAGUGGUAUACGCUCUAUCAAGAGACAAAGGCAUUCCAUUUUCGUCUGUAUGGCAAAAAUUGCACCCAAGAUACAAAGUUCCAUCCAAUGCAGUGUGGCUUUGUGCUGCCAUCUGCAUCCUGCUUGGACUUCCAAUCUUGAAAGUCAAUGUAGUCUUCACUGCCAUAACUUCCAUAUGCACAAUCGGAUGGGUAGGUGGCUAUGCAGUUCCAAUCUUCGCAAGACUGAUAAUGUCUGAUGAAAAUUUCAAGGCUGGACCUUUUUAUCUGGGGAAAGCAAGAAGGCCAAUUUGCUUGGUGGCCUUCCUAUGGAUUUGUUAUACCUGCUCUGUCUUCCUUUUGCCAACCUAUUAUCCAAUCUCUUGGGAUACAUUCAAUUAUGCACCUGUUGCUUUAGGUGUUGGAUUGGGUCUGAUAAUGCUUUGGUGGGUGUUGGAUGCAAGGAAAUGGUUCAAGGGACCAGUUAGAAACAUUGAUAUACAAAAUGGAAAGGUAUAAUAUUCUUCAACAUGGAAUAAAAAAAACAAAGAUCCCAUUUAUUUGUUUGAUUACCUGAGGAAAUUUGUCAGAAUUUUAAUUACCUAUCAAUAUACAUAGAAGUUUUUUUUUGGUUUCUUAUACAUAUUCUAUUUGUGAGGAAAUUUGUCAGAAUUUUAAUUACCUAUUAAUAUACAUAGAAGUUUUUUUUUUUUGGUUU